GCGGAUGAGAACGUAUCGGAUGCGAGGUGUUCUGUAUUAAUUCAAUUCAGUGCGGUGUAAUCUCGCUAUCGCGGGUACACACUAAAAAUUAUAUGCUAUGUACCUCAAGAACCUUUUGUUAUUUUUCUCUUGUAUAAAGAAAUGCCGUGACUUUUUAAUACAUUCAUGAAUUACUGGCGUGAGAGGUUAAGAAGACAGUUUUUCAGCUACGGUCGAUAAACGAGAGCAGCUUUGGAGUCAGGAGUUUGUGAUUGAGAUCCACGAAAAUUUGCAGUGUAUGAGAACUGGACAAAUAUGAGGCGAAAUGUGAAGAUUGUGCUUUUAUUGUCAUGUACAUGGAUGUUUAUCUUUGUUUACUACUACCACACAUCGAAAGAAAAUAAGAGUGAAAAUCGAGCAUUAAGACUGAAAGAGUCCAUAUCUCUAGCUCUUUCUACUGGGGUAUCCAACGGAUAUGUAGAUUCUGAUAGCACUAUGAUGAUCAUGUCAUCCGAGCUUCUGCAACCUCCAACGCCUGACCCCAGAGUGACAUGGAAUUAUUUUGAUGAGCGAGGCUACGUGUCACGAGGUGGCUUAAAAGUUGGUGAAGAUCCUUACACUCGAAAUAAAUUCAACCAAGAAGCUUCUGAUGGAUUGCCAAGUAAUAGAGAGAUUCCUGAUACCCGCAGUGCAAUGUGUCGUUUAAAAGAAUGGAGACGAGAUCUUCCACCUACUUCCGUGAUUAUAACUUUCCAUAAUGAAGCGAGAUCAACACUUCUACGUACUGUCGUUAGUGUACUAAAUAGGAGUCCAGAACAUCUCAUUAAGGAGAUCAUUCUUGUAGACGACUUCAGUGAUCACCCUGAGGAUGGCGAAGAACUGUCAAGAAUUCACAAAGUAAGGGUGAUAAGAAACGAAAAACGCGAAGGACUUAUGAGGUCUAGAGUAAGAGGUGCUGACGCUGCUACAGCAAGUGUUUUAACUUUUCUCGACUCCCACUGUGAAUGCAAUGCUGAUUGGCUUGAGCCUCUGUUGGAAAGAGUUGCUGAAGAUCCAACGAGAGUUGUAUGUCCAGUUAUUGAUGUUAUCAGUAUGGACACAUUCCAAUAUAUCGGAGCUUCAGCUGAUUUAAGGGGUGGUUUUGACUGGAGCUUAGUCUUCAAAUGGGAAUAUUUGAGCCAAGCAGAGAGGCAAUCACGUCAGAAGGAUCCAACUCAAGCUAUAAAAACUCCAAUGAUUGCUGGAGGUUUAUUUGUUAUCAAUAAAUAUUACUUUGAAAAGCUUGGAAAGUAUGACACUCAGAUGGACGUUUGGGGUGGAGAGAAUUUAGAAAUUUCCUUCCGAGUAUGGCAGUGUGGUGGAAGUUUAGAGAUAAUUCCAUGUUCUCGUGUAGGCCACGUAUUUCGUAAGCGUCAUCCAUAUUCGUUUCCUGGGGGUAGUGGUAAUGUAUUCGCUCGAAACACUCGACGUGCUGCUGAAGUUUGGAUGGAUGAUUAUAAACAAUUUUACUAUAAUGCUGUACCCUUAGCUAGAAACAUACCAUACGGAAGUAUUCGAGAUAGACUUGAGUUGAAAAGGAAAUUGCAUUGCAAACCCUUUAGUUGGUAUCUCAAGAAUGUAUACCCAGAGCUUGUAAUUCCUACAAGUGAAGGAGGACCGGGUGGUGCAUUAAAACAAGGCAAUGCAUGUCUAGAUAGCAUGGGUCAUUUACUAGAUGGAAAUGUUGGGCUAUAUCCGUGUCAUGAUACCGGUGGUAACCAGGAAUGGAGUAUGACGAAAGAUGGGCUAAUAAAACAUCAUGAACUUUGUUUAACACUGCCAAUGUAUGCAAAGGGAACGAGUUUGGUGAUGCAAAUUUGCGACGGAAGUGAAAACCAGAAAUGGAAACGUCUUGAGGGCGGUUUAAUACGACAUUCGAGAAUUCCUGCUUGCAUGGACUCGAGAUAUCAUGUUGAAAGAGGAAUCACUGCGGAAAAAUGUGAUUCUACUGCUGAAUCACAGCGGUGGCAUUUAUAUAAUCAUGGUCAUUAGCUUUAAAUUUAUUUUUUAAGAUUUUAUGUGAUUGCUUUUAGGAGUGAGAAUUAAGAUAAAUUGAAAAUGAAAACUCGAAAAGUUAGAAAAUUGUGUGUGUGUGUGGUUUUAUAAAGGCCUAAAAUAUGAUGAGGACAAUUAUUAGUUUAACUAAUGAUUAGUUAUCAUAUAAUCCAGUUGCAAAUUUUAUUAAUGCAAGAUUACGAAGGAUUCUGCAUCUUUUAUUUAUAUACAUGUUGAUAAAUUAGGGUUCCAUAUUAUAUAUUAUUAUUGAAAAAUGUUACCCUCGUACGAAUAGCAAACCACAAUAUAAGUGAAAUAUGGAUCUGAGAUUACAUCCAUAUGAGGGUAAAAAUGUUUUUGGGCAGCUAUGAUGGAACCCUAGAGCAGUAGGAAAGAAUACUUUUACAAAUAAUAAUUUUGUAUAUAAAAAAUCUUUCUAUUGCUCAGAAGAUAUACUAAUAUAAUGUUAUACAAAUUUUUUUUACUUAUUUUUUAAAAGCGUGGUUUCAUUGAGAACGCAGAUUUCUAGCGUGUUUACUAGUCGUUUUGUUUACAUGUAUAUGUAAUUUAAUACGAAUUUUCUUCCAUAAUUGAACAAUCAUCUAAUGAUAAAUUAACUUUAAUUGUUGAGACUCACCAUACUAGGAUCAUGAUUAAAUCAUUUUUUUAUAUUUAAAACAAAAUACUCAAUAAUUUAUGCCAAUUGUUUUAUAUCUCGACAAAUAUCAAAUUCAUUAAUCAUCAAACUUAUAAUUAGAUGAUGUGUCAACACUCGCAAAAAUGUCUUCAAUUUCUAUCGUAUUACAAUUUAUUUUUAUAAUAUAAAUUCAAGUACUUACUUUUAAUGGUGCUGAUAAGAAAAAAAAACCAAAAAAAAAAUAUUGCGUUUUAUUGUAUUUAAAUUUAAUUGUUAGUCAAACUGUACUGUUAUUUCACUACUAGUACAUUUCUUGUCAAUGAUAUUGAUAGUGAAGGAAUUUUUUAUGAUAAAAUAAAUAAAAUCAAAAAAAGUCAACAUAAUUAAUAAAAUUUAAAAAAAAAAUUUUUUCUGUUUUGAAUUUAAUUUUGGCAAAAUAUUAUUUCCCGUUAAAAAUGGAUGUCUUCAAAGUGUGUAGUAGCUGGCUUUUGAUACAUAUUGAAUGAUGUCAAUACAGGCUUUAGUAUAAAAUUUAAAUGUUUGUAAAUAUGAAUUUUUAUUAAAAAAUUAGAUGCUGAUAGCAUAAUAAGGACUUGUAUAUUUGAAAAAAACUGGAAUUUAAGAAUAAUUUAUCAUUUUAAUAAAAUAUUAUUAUUUUUAUUCCAUUAGCUAUGCCUCCUUUUGUAUCUUAGAAAAUAAAUUGAAAUUUAAAUUCCAAUAUGGAGAAACAAUUAAGACUUAUAGUUAUGUUAUCAAUUAAAGAAUAUUAUAAAUUCAUUUUUUACUAGCAAAUAAUCAUAAUUGUUAAUCAAACAAUACCAAUCAACAUACUAAAACAAAAUUGAUAAUUAAAAUUAAUCAUUAAGUAAAAUAAAAAUGAAAGACAUUAUUUGUGAAGAGAGAAAAUUAAAAAAAAAAAAAUGAAGAAUGCUCAUAUGUAGUAUCUUAAAAAUACACAAGUCCUACAGUUAUAUUUAUAAAAAAUAGCAAUGUAGGUAAAAAAUAAAAAUUACAAAUCACAAAUACUUAAAAGAGCUAAUGAUUUAAAUUGUAAAUUUUUUAAAAAUGAUUAUGAAUUGUAAAACAGCUGUUAAUUCACAAUCAAUUUAAAGUAGACCCUUAA